AUGGGAUUCAAGACAGCCGACCUCUGGCGAAAGCCAGACCUCAACCCAGUCAACAGGAAGGCCAAAAGCGUGCCCGUCCUGAACCCCAUUGAUCGGCAUGGCCGCGUCUUCUUCUUCUCGUGGCUUGGCUUCAUGCUGGCCUUCUGGGCUUGGUACGCCUUUCCGCCAUUGUUGACAGUCACCAUCAAAAAAGACCUGGGCCUGACUCCGGAGCAAGUGGCCAACUCCAACAUUGUCUCCCUGGUAGCCACGCUGGCGGUGCGCUUCGUCUGCGGCCCGCUCUGCGACCUCUGGGGCCCACGUAAGGUGUUCAGCGCGAUUCUGCUGGUUGGCAGCAUUCCCAUCGGGCUCGCCCCCCUGAUCAAGGACGCGACCGGCCUCUACAUUAUCCGCCUCUUCAUUGGCAUCCUGGGUGGGUCUUUCGUGCCCUGCCAGGUCUGGUGCACCGGAUGGUUCGACAAGACGGUCGUCGGCACAGCCAAUGCUCUGUCGGGCGGUUGGGGCAAUGCUGGCGGCGGCAUCACCUACUUUAUCAUGCCGGCCGUCUUUGACUCGUUGGUACAUCACUGGGAACACACACAUCGUGAAGCAUGGCGUAUCACCUUCGUUGUACCCCUGAUCUGUCUGAUCGCCUGCGGAAUCGGGAUGUUGGUGCUGUGCGAGGAUACGCCCAUGGGCAAGUGGAGCGAGCGCCACAACGUUGGACGAGAUCUCGAAGCCAGGGACAUCUCGGGCGCCGUCGUCUCCGUUCCGGGCACCAUUGCCGACCGCGAACCGUCGGGAGCGACAACGCCGGCCGGCGGCAAAGUUUCAUCCGACGACCUAGAAAAAGGCACAGCCUCGUCCCCCCAUGCGACAAGCACCAAUCUUGCCCUCCCUGGCGCGACAGCCAUGAUGGAAACGGCGCACGCCGAAGUCAUCCAAGCGCCUUCCUUUCGCACCUCGCUCUCCAUCGUCUUCAGCCUGCACGCGCUCUUCCACGUGGCCACGUACGCGUGCAGCUUCGGCGGCGAGCUGGCGGUCAACUCGGUCCUGAGCUCGUACUACCUCAAGAACUUCCCGUACCUGGGCCAGACGCGGGCGAGCAACUACGCGGCCGUGUUCGGGUUCCUCAACUUCCUCACGCGCCCGCUGGGCGGCGUCGUCGGCGACGUGCUGUACAACGUCUCGGGCGGCAACCUGUGGCUCAAGAAGGCCUGGGUGCACGCGUGCGGCGUGGUGGCGGGGGCGCUGCUCGUCGUCAUCGGCGUCCUCGACCCGCACGACCUCGGCGUCAUGAUCGGCCUGGUCGUCGUCAUGGCCGUCUUCCUCGAGGCCGGCAACGGGGCCAACUUCGCCCUGCUGCCCCACGUCUACCCGCACGCCAACGGCGUCCUGUCCGGCCUGACGGGCGCCGGCGGGAACCUGGGCGGCGUCGUGUUUGCCAUCGUCUUCCGCUUCAUGGACGGGGGGUCCGACUACGCAAAGGCGUUUUGGGUCAUUGGCGUCAUGCACAUUGCGCUGAACCUGGUGGUCUGUUGGGUUCCUCCUGUUCCUAAAGGGCAGAUUGGCGGGCGUUAA